AUGGCUGAUGUUUUCAGAGGCCUAAACCUACUUGAGACCCUAAAAGAGUCUAUAGAGAACAAUAAAUUAUCAGAUGUUAAGGAUGCAGUGGAAGAUCUCCUAAUCAGCAGGAUCAAUUUAGCUGUGGUUGGGGACCGUGGGGAUGAAAAAGCUACCUUCAUUAACUCCCUGCAUGGCCUCGGUCCUGGAGACGAAGGGGCAGCUCUGUCGUCAUCCCCUGCUGCCCCGGAGGAAGUGGCAGGCUACGCUAACCCUAAACAACCUGAUUUCCGCCUGUGGGACCUGCCACCUGUCCCAAACACCUCUCCGUUUGAACCAGAGGGAUACAUGGAUAGAGUUAAAUUCCUCCGCUACAAUGCCGUCUUUAUGACAUUCACACAGACACCUCAACCCAACAGCGUGGAGGUGUUCUUGGAGGCUCGGUCCCUGCAGCGACAGACAGUGUACUUUAUUCUCUUAGCUUUGGCAAAAGACACAGAAAAGACCCUGGAAGAAAAGAGGAAAGCCAGUCUGGAGGUGCUGACAUCACAGGGUGUUAGACAGCCCAAAGUCUACCUGGUGAGACCCCCCACUCUGGAGAAAUUUGACUUCCUUGGUCUGUUGGAGGACAUGGGUAGAGAUCUUCCAGAGAUCAGAGCCCACGCCCUUCUCUUGGCUCUACCAACACUCUCCUCCACCCUGGUCACCCAGAAAAAGGAGGCUUUCAAAGCACUAGUAUGGGCUGCUGCCUCACUUUCUGGUGGGAUGUCUGCUAUCCCUGUUCCCCUUGUGGCCUCCAUGGUGGACUCGAGUGUAGCGGUGCGGAUCCUAACUAAAGCACAAAUAUCUCUGUGCCUGGAUGAUGAAUCGGUUGAGCGACUGGCCCGACAGCGAGGCAUUGAACCCACAAGACUUCAAGGCCUACGGACUUGUGUGCUGUCAGUAGAGGUCACCAAAGGGGAAGUGAAAAAGCGAUUGGCGGCGGCAGAAAAGGACUUGGCAACAGUUUCGUCAAAGUUGGUGGAGAUGGCGAUGCCUAGACAUGCCCGUUCUGUCAGCCGCUCCUUUACUGCCAUGCUGCAAGCCUUAAAUGGUGCCAUAGAUGAAAUGGCUUCUGAUGCUGAAAAGAUAGUGGCUGCUGCUCUUGACAUGGGGAACUAA